CGGCACGUAGCAUCCUUAAUCCAGUGUUGGUGAACAGGCGCAGAAUAGAGUGUAACCCAAGCCAGUUCCAACCAACUAGAAGUGGUUGGUGCUGUCUGCUAUGUUGUACAACCAUGGCCUGCAUAUGUUGUUUGUUUGACGCCAGAACUACAUCUGGAACAUUUGAUCCCGUUGUUUCCUGUUCCAGUGUCUCUUCUUCGACACAAGAGAGGCUGCUUGCUAGAAAUCAAAGGAAAAGUCCAAUGGAUACCACAAAUAUGUCGGACAUUAUUGCUCAGCUCGAAGCUGUUGCGAACAACCCGCCUGAAGACUCUACCACCAGACUCAGUCUCUACGAUGGCGCCAAAAAGCUCAUUGCGGCUACCGAGGACCCGUUCAACACCAUUUGCCGUGUAAAUGCAUCCCCCAUGGUCCUCACCAUCUGUCAAGUCGCCUGUGAUCUGAACAUCUUCGGAUAGCUAGCAGGGGCUAACUCUCCGCUUUCGACCGAGUUGUUAGCUGCUCCUUCGGGCGCCGACCCUACGUUUCUAAGCCGUAUCCUCCACUUCCUCGCGUCGAAUGAUAUAGUUCGAGAAACGGGAGAGGAUGAGUUUAGUGCAACUGCG